AAACAACCAUGAGUUUCUUUACCAUUCAUACAGAGAAACAACAUGUGUUCAGUAUAAAUAUGGUAACAUAUAAAACGUGACAAAUAGGAAAAGAUGUGAUUUUCAUUAUCUCGUUACAAAAGUCAUAGUACGUACAUGUCACAAUACGUUUAAAUCAAUGCACUAUAGUAACACAAAUAGUAGUGAACUUUGAAAAAUUGACGAAGUCUUCACAAAUCUGGGUUAACAAACUGAAUUUUUGAGCAUACAGACAACAGAAUACUCUAUUUUUGAUGCUCUCAGCAAAUGUGAUUUGUAAGACUAGUCAUGUUUGUAUAUCAGAAGAACUAAGACGAUUGGGGAGGAAACAUUUUAAUCAGGCACACAAGAGGACUUCACUAUUCGGUUCGGAAAACGAGCCACAGUAUUUCGAGGAACCAUAUAGAGAGAAUACCAGCUAUCCAAUCUAUAAAUAUCUUAAGACGAACAAUCGUUUCACUGACGAAAUCGUGAACAAACAAUCAGCUUCAUUUAGUCAGACCAGACAAGUGGAUAAUAUCAGCAUGGAGCAUUUCCCAAAAACAAAAGUUCGCGAAUUUGAACAUACUGAAUCCCGUGAUGAAGUUCUGGAAAGUGGAAGUUCAGAUUCCAUAGAAAGAACUCAUGAAAAAGCCCUUACUACUGUCUUGCAAUCAGGAGAAGAGGACAAUGAACACACAUAUUCUCAGGAGAUUGAGAAUUUAUACGAAAAUCCCCGAAAUUAUACCAACGGAAACAUAGAGAACGACAAGGUGGAUUAUCUGAUUCAGGCAGCUGAGGAAAGGGCCAAACGAAGAGAACUCGAUAAGCAAAACAGUAAUGAAAAUCAACUUUUGUUUGAUGCGUCGCAGAAACCCAAAAGAAAUCCAGAAUAUCAAAGAGGACUUUUAAACGCACCGUGGUAUACCAAUCCAGAAGAAGGAAUCGGUUCUGAAAAUGUGCAAAGAUAUAACUCAAGGUCUGUGAAACCAAUAUCAAACUCCUUACAAAAGAUUUCAAAAUCUAAAAGCACAACUCAACAAGACUUCCCAAAGUACUCCUUACAAGAGCUAAAGGAGUGUAGGCAAAGAAGAAGUUAUCAUGGGAACAAAGAGUCAUUGGAAUGGCCUUUCAGUGAAACAAAUGGUAGUACUAAACAAGAAGAUGAACUGGGAGGAUCGCACUAUCAUAGGUCUUCAGCAGUAAUUGGACAAGGUUUUCUGGAGAAAUUCGGUCCAAAAUCACCAUCUCUAAAUAAAAAGCGGACGAAUGAUACUCCAGUAGCAGCGUCUAUGUUACGAAACAGCCCAUAUGCGUUUCACGGAUAAAUGGACUAAAGGCUAAAACAAAUUUUAAAAUUACGUUCACUUUUUAUUAUGAAUGCUUGGUUCUUAAAACUCUUUCUCUUACGUCAUAAUAUAACCAAAACUAUUAUUUUACAUUAUUUGUUUUAUGUGAAAGUUCAUUCCAAUUUUUGUAAUAUUUUAACAUUGUCAUAGUACAUUAUUUCGUGACCGGUUUUAAGAUAAAUAAAUUCAUUUAUGAGUAACAUUGUAAAAUAGUCGUAGAACCUUUCUAUCAUUGAUCAUUAUUGUUGUUAUUACGACAAACAUUGAAUGCUUUCACCAUUAAAAAUAAGCUAUGGUC